GUGCUGGCCGGGUCGAUUUGGGCUCGAUCAUGCCAGAGCCGCUGCUCAAGAUUCUGGAGGCUGGCCACGGCUUACUGCGCGAUCCUGCUGAAGUUCACUCCUUGUUUGGAUCUUGCACUGAUAACUUGCGCUAUCUAGACCCGAAGAUGGCGCGGAGGGGCUACGAUUUUGGCCUCGCCCUGUCGGAGCUGUUUGACGCGGGUGUGGUUGAGGUAGACCCCGGGGGCGCUUUGGAGGAGAAUGGAUUGUUUUUCGUGCGGCGCAAAGACAACAAGCUUCGCUUGAUCGCCGACACGCGCGCUGCCAACCUUCACUUUGUCGAGCCGACCUACACCGAGCUUGCCAGCCCCGAGGCUCUCGCCGCCAUUGAGUACGACGGGCCCGACAUGAUUGGGUUCUGCUCCGGAGACGCUGAGGUGUGUUUCUAUCAGUACGAGCUGCCUGCGUGGGCGAGGCGGUACUUCAACUUGCCUGCGAUUAAGUCUCAGUACUUGCCUGCUGCUAUGCGGGGACUACUGGGUCUGGCUCGAGGCGCGUCGGAGCUCAAGUUCAGGGUCCGCGUCGUGCCAAUGGGCUGGAGCUGGGCUGUUCACUUGAUUCAGCAGGGGCAUCUUCACGUCAUGGAGAGAGCCCUGCAGAGUGGCCGCUGGGUACUUGACAAGCGGCCUGGCGUUGACCUUCUGCAGGAGGACGCAAAGGUGCUCUACAUCGGUAACUUCGCCGUUGCCUCGGUGGACCAGGGGCGCGCCGGGAGGGCCGCCCAGGUGAUGCGUGAGGCGUUGGCGGAGCUCGGGGUGGUCAGCACCAUCGAAGCGUCGGGCGGCAGCAAGGCCGAGUUGCUGGGGUGCGAGCUGGACAGGAGCACUGGUCACUGGCGCAUCAAGCCUAAGCGAUUCUGGCGGCCCAUGGGCGCUCUGGACUACCUGCUGGAGGUCAAGGGCAGGAAGGUAACGGGCCAUGAGAUUGAGCGCGUCCUGGGGCACAUCGUAGCCGCCUGCAUGCUGAGGCGGGAGGCGCUGGCCACGCUGUCCGCUUGCUACACCUUUGCAGAGACCUCAGGCCUGAAACGCCAGCCGCUGUGGGCCAGCGCGCAGCAGGAACUGUUCUGGGCGCGCUCGCUGUUGCCGUGCAUCAUCAGUGAGAUGGGCAAGCCCUGGUCCCAGACUGUCACAGCGUAUGAUGCGUCACCUUGGGGCUACGGGGUCGUCGAGACUGAGUGGGGGCCCGAGGAGGUCGCCAGCCGUGGGUGGCUGUCGGAGCGAGCCAGGUUCCGUGGGCCACUUGCUGCCGCUGGCGCGCCACGGGAUCGCACCUUGGAAGCGGAGGUGGCGCAGGCCCCAGAUGCUGCCUUGAUCCUGACAGGGCGGGUGUCGGAGUUCCCGGAGGUCAGCUCGAGAGCCUUGACGGAGGCUACCUGGCGGGUGGUGGGCUGCGGCCGCUGGAGGCGGCGUGAGGCGAUUCACUGUCUCGAGGCCGCUUCUGUCUGUUGGGCCGCGAGGCGCAUAGCUAAGCACGCUCGACGGCACGGCCAGCGCCACCUCGUGCUGGGAGACAACAUGUCGGUCACGCUUGCGCUCGCAAAAGGGAGAGCACCUCAUCAUCGUCUCCUGCUUGCUUGCCGAGUCAUCUUCGCUGUCAGCGUCGCGGCCGACAUUCGCUUGCAUUGCCGAUGGUUACCCUCGGAGUGGAACCCCAGCGAUCAGGCCUCUCGCCGUUAUCAGCCGCCUGGGCUCAAGUACGAGCGUGGGCGCGGUGCGCAUGGAGAGGCGGACGCUGACGGCUCGGGCGCCGAUUCCGCCGUCCACCUGGAGUUCCGGGUCAGGCCCAGCCAGCGGGAGCAGCAGACGUUCCCGCUCGGCGCGGCGCACGACGCCAGGCUCGAGCAGCGCGGCGAGGGUGCCCACUCUGGGGUGCCUGGGCCCUGGCCGGCGAGCGUCGGGCUCGCGGCGCAGGCCUGGGCCGACCGAGCGGCGCGGCUGGCUGCCGAGAAGGUCAUGCUGAAGACUCAGACGAUCUACCUGGGCGUGCUGAGGGCCUUGCUCGCUUGGCCCCGCCUGGGCUGCCUCCCAGACUGGUCGCGCGAGGACUGGGAUUGCGCGCUGGUGGAGUUCGUGGAGUGGCUCUUCGACAAGGGCGGGGCGGCUGCAACGGCGAAGCGGGUCGGGCCCGCUCUGCUGUGGGGAGGCCCGCGUCUUGCCUUGGGCCCGCUGCGUACCGCCUUCCCCGUCCUGCAGCAGGCGCUGAAGGGCUGUGUUCAGCAGCGGCCCGAGUUCUCGCGCCCCCCGCUGCCCUGGGCGGUGGUGGCCGCUGCGGCCCGAGAGUUGCUCGACCUCAACAUGGGCAUGGCUGCAAUUGGGAUCGUGAGAAUGUUCGAGACUUACAUGCGCCCUUCCGAGUCGCUGGCGCUCUCAACCGACCAUGUGGCGUUGCCGCUUCCAGGCGAGUCGGGGGCCGCUCGCUGGCUGACCUUCGUCAUUCGGGGCCAGGAGGCGCUGGUACCAUCCAAGACGAAUGCUUUCGACAUCAGCGUCCCGCUGGACUUGGAGAGACAGCGCUGGCUUGCCCGCUGCGUGGAGGUAGUGGUGCGCCGCCGCGGCUCGGGCAACUCGCUCCUCGGCCUGGGGUGCGCGGACUUCGCCGCAGCCUUCAAGACGGUCUUGAAAGGAGUUGGUGCCUCGGUGCUGCAGGGCACGCUCUACUCGCUCCGCCGUGGCGGCGCCAGCCACGACCGGAGCAUGGGCGCCAG